GCAGCCGCAGCGAGGACUAUGGUGCUUUGUUUUCUGAGCAGAACACUGCAACUAGCAAGACAUUCAUCCAAUCCACUUGGGAGACAACUCUGUUCAACCAGCACAAAUAAGCCAGUGUUGACUUUAUUCACCAAGAAACCAUGCCCUCUGUGUGAUGAAGCAAAAGAAGUGCUUGAGCCAUAUAAAAGAAGGUUUAUUUUGCAGGAGGUGGAUAUUACCCUUCCAGAGAAUUCAGCGUGGUAUGAUAAAUACAGAUAUGACAUACCUGUUUUUCAUCUAAAUGGGAAGUUCCUAAUGAAGCAUCAAGUAGACACUGCAAAAUUUGAGGACCAGCUUAUGAAGCUAGAGUCACAAAAUGACAAAAACCAAUGAAGAAAAAUGCAGCUGUUCUAGUGCUGUGAUGUGAGAGACGGGACGAGGCCUGAUGCAAGCCAAGUGUCGAUUUAUUGUACAAAGCUUUUUCUUUAUAUAGGUUAACAUAACAUCAGAAGGCAGCUUGUAGUUGGUCAUUGGUAUGUCCAUACUACAGUUGUAAAUUCAUAAUUGGCUACAGAGAGAAAGUACCACACGAACGCAUAUAUUUUUCAGAAGGCUUAAGCAAACGUCAAGCAAGAGAUAAAGGGAUUCCAUAAUUCUGUCCUAAGUUUUGCUUUGUUCUUGUUAUCAGGUCCCUGCAUAACUCCCUUAGGUCACAGUGGCCUCUAGGGAGCUGACCUGUCUGUGUUUUCCUUCUAGCUGUGCUCUGUUCCCAGGGUUUGCCACCCAUCAGGGUUAAAGCAUCUCCUUCUAUCAGUAAGACAGUGUCUGGGGUUCUGGUCCCUAAAUCAAUUCCUUCAUUCUAGUAUGGAUCUGAAAGUAUUGUACAUCAUAAAUUGUGUGAAAAUGCAGUAUUCAUCACUUGGCCUUAUGUUUGUGAGAACAUAAAGUACCAGUGUCCUGAAAAACUUCAGUGACUUGUAUUCUACUUUGUAUUAAUCAUCCAGCCCAGCUGCACCAGUGCCAACCUUUUCUGUCCUGUUUGUUUGCUGCUGUCCUAGGCUGGC